UGUCAGCGCGCGGCGACCUUUGACUGUGUGCGUGUACUUUUGUUGUCUUUUCCGCUGCCGAAACAGAAUUUUUGCAAACUUUUCUCGCAGGAAAUUAAUUUUCUUCGCUUUUUACCGGUUUCAUGAAUUAAAAGUGCUUCUCGAAGCAGGAUCCGCGCGUCAGGAAUGAGGAGGACGGUGCUGUCGGUUCUUUUGUUGGUGUCCGCCGCUGUGGUCGGUGCCGAUGUGCCGUCGGGUGUGCCGACCAACGUUAAGAAGGAACGCCAGCGGGCGGAGAAGCUUCCUCCGUGCAAGGCAUGCACGGUGCUGGUGAAUUCGUUCCGCGAGGGCAUGAAGCGGACGGAACGGUCCAAGCAUGAGGGUGGAGAUGCCGCCUGGGAGGAGGAACGGCUGGGUAGUUACAAAACCAGCGAGCUGCGGUUGAUUGAAAUUCAGGAACGGCUCUGUCAAGACGUGGGCCGGGGCGAGGACCAGUGCCAUCAGCUGGCGGAGGAUUACGAGUCGCGGAUCGAAGAGUGGUGGAAGCAGCACCAGAACGACCACCCCGAUCUGCACCGGUGGCUUUGUGUGGACGAGGCGCAGGUUUGCUGCCCGGAUGGGUUCUUCGGGCCGACCUGCGAGCCGUGUCCAAGCUGCUUCGGCAAUGGAAAGUGCAAGGGAAACGGAACGCGCAAGGGCAACGGAAAGUGCUCCUGCGAUGAAGGCUACGACGGCGAAAACUGUGACCGCUGCGGGCCGGAACAUUACGAGGCCUUUCGCGACUCAGAGAAGCUGCUCUGCGCAAAGUGCCAUAAGGCUUGCGCCGCCGGAGGUUGCACCGGAGCGGGACCGAAUGCUUGUCGCGUUUGCCGGACGGGCUGGGUUAUGGACAGCCAGCGAGGUGGAUGCACGGAUAUUGAUGAGUGCGUCACGGCGGCCAACACCUGCACUAAGCAGCAGUUUUGCGUAAACAACGAGGGUUCGUUUAGUUGUUUGGAUUGUGAUAAAUCGUGCGACGAGUGCGACGGAGACGGGCCGGAUAUGUGCAAAAAGUGUGCGGAGAACUUCGAGCUGCGGGACGGGCUGUGUACUGACACGUCGAGCGAAAAGCGCAACCAGUACGUGACCUUCACGCGGUACAUCACGUACGCGGGCCUGUGCAUCGCCACCUGCAUCGUGCUCCAGAGCUCGACCUGGCUGGCCGCCCUCGUCGGGUUGGCCGUGGCCGUGUACAUCUCCGUGUCCGAGUACUGGCUCACCACGAAUCCGCAGUCCAGUGCCGGCGGCCUUGGCGCUCCGUCGCCCAAGAUUCUGGACGAAAUUUUGCAGCAGUAAUAGAAGAAUGACGAGCAUUUCGGAGAGUGAGGGCGAAAAAGCAGUUCUUCCCAGGUUUUAUGUUUAAGAGUUUUCCAGUUGUUCUGGUCAGAAAGUCAGGAAUUGCAGUGCAGCAGUCAAAAUAGUCAUGUAGGGUUUGGUAAGUGGGGGAAAAAGUUUUCUAAGAUACCAAAAAAAGUUUCAUCGAUCGACAGUUAGGUAAACAGUAGUAUUUGCCAUUUUAAAUUAAGCACCGACAUUUUAAAAGUUCUCUUUUCCGUAUGCAAUCACACACAAUUUUGACGAAAGUACAUCCAAUAAGCAUAAUAUAAAACAAAAGUAUGUGUAAUAGCUAAGAGGAAUUGUGCAAACUUUAAUUUUACAAUUUGCGAUGGUUGAAAUCGGAAUGUUACAGCGAAACACAUUAACAAAUUAAAUGCUCAUCAUUAAAUAAAGAAGCCAUUCGAAAUCGA